CGCACGCUGACAUACCCCGAGUGACCACGCCUCUCUCAAGUUGGAAGCAACAUCGUCUGCCAUGAAGAGCACUACUGCACGGACUAGCAGAGGCGGCUGCCAGCGUGCGGCACCCACCAGGCUAGCAUGGCACACAUGGUAUGCUGUGGGCGUGGACAUAUCCUCGGCUUUAGGGCGGAGUUAAACGGUCUUCUCUUCAACAGCCUCACUCGUGCAUGAUGUCUAGGUGUAUAAGAAGUAAAGAGCGGGCCUGAAAUUUGUCUUGCAGGACAUGGUAGAUUGCAUAGAACUCAAGUCUUAUGAAGUCUAGCCAUAUACAAGCGUCUUCUUGAGCCAAAAUGACAACCACCUAUCUCAUCACUGGGGCAAACCGUGGCAUAGGUCGGGGGCUGACAGACCUCAUUCUCCAACGCCCUGAUACCAGGGUGAUCGGUCUGGUCCGCAACCCGGAGGACGAGACCAGCAAGUCGCUUGCAGCGAGCAGCCCAGACCCGAAAAGACUGCUGAUCCUCCCCUACGACGCAAAAGAUCCCAAUUCAGCCUCAAGCGCAAUCUCCACGCUCGAGACCACACAUGAAGUUAAGCAUCUGGACGUCGUCAUCGCCAAUGCCGGCGCUCUUCUCUGGCACGGUCCAGCUGUUGACACGCCCGGCGACGCCAUCCUCGACUCCAUCACAGUGAACACAAUCGGACCAUUGCUCUUGUUCCGUGCGUGCCUUCCCCUGAUGCAGGCUUCGCCAGCACCGAAAUUCAUCGCCAUCAGUUCGGCGAUCGGCUCCACGGGUCAGAUCCCUCAAUUCAAACAGUCGCAGACGCUGCCGUACGGAGUCAGCAAGGCUGCGCUGAAUCAUACAUUUCGCAAAUUGAGCGUUGAUCAUCCCGAGAUUGUGAUUGAAUUGUUGACGCCUGGACCGGUGUUGACGGACUUGAUGAGAGUGUUCCAGGCGGGGUUUGAAGAGAGGGUGAAGAAGGAUCCCAACUUGCUGAAGCGGUUUACGCCCAUUGAUCAGGUCUGCGAUGGCUUGAUGAGCCAGAUCGACUCGGCGAGUAUGGAGUCGAGCGGCGAGUUCAGAGAUUGGAAGGGCGAGGUUGUUCCGUGGUAGUCCCCCGACUCGCUCAUCUGACCCGUGUCGAUCGUAUCACAGGUUGAUCCUGCGUGCAGUAUAGCACAAUCCA